AUGGGUUUGAAUAAACUUAGUGGUUCUAUUCCUUCAUCACUAGCAAACCUGAGCAACUUACAAUGGCUGUCUCUCCAAGAUAAUAAAUUUUUUGGUCCCAUUCCUAGUGAACUUGGGAAGUUGAAGUUUCUUGCACAUCUUUCGUUGAGUAGAAAUCAGCUUAGAGGUUCUAUUCCUUCAUCAUUUGGUGAUUUGACAUCGUUAAAUUUUGUUUAUAUGUAUCACAAUCAGCUUGCUGAUCCCAUUCCUACUCAACUAGUGAAUUUGAAGUCUCUCGCAGAUCUUAAAGUGAACGACAAUCAAAUUAGUGGUUCGAUUCCUCUAGAGUUUGGAAAUUUAACUCAACUACAAAGACUUGAUCUGUCUUUGAAUCAUUUGAUUGGUGAGAUCCCAAAGGAGUUUGGGAAGAUGAAAAGUGUGUUGAAUUUAUGCUUGGCUGAUAACCAACUUAAAGGUAUUAUACCUCAGGAGCUUGAAUUCUAUGAACUCUUGGAAGAACUCGAUCUCUCUAGAAAUAGAUUGAAUGGGUCGAUACCAAAAAGUAUUGGUAAAUGGGUACACAUCCGCUACCUGAAUCUUAGUAAUAACCAACUUAGUGAGAAAAUUCCAUCUGAGAUUGGUAAAUUAGUUCAUCUUACAGAACUUGAUUUAUCUCAAAAUUUGCUCACAGAAGAGAUACCAUUUGAAGUUCAAAGUUUGCAAAGUUUGCAAAAAUUGAAUCUUUUUCACAAUAGACUAUAUGGUUCAAUUCCAAUCACAUUUACAAGUUUUCCUAGUGGGAUUGCCGUCGACCUGUCCAACAAUGAACUCACAGGUCCAAUUCCCCUUUCCUCUAACUUUGAGAACGCAUCCUUACAAGGAAAUCCAGUGUAUGAUGACAUCUUGAAAGCAACGAAUAAUUUUGAUGACACAUACUCUAUUGGGACCGGAGGAUAUGGGACUGUGUACAAAGCCGUGCUACAACCUAACAAUAUGGUAGCUGUCAAGAAACUUCGUUCAUCAUCUGAGAAUGUCGAUCAUAAUGGAUUCCUUAACGAGAUACGAGCAUUAACCAACAUAAGGCAUCGAAAUAGAGGAAGCCUUAGAUCAAUCUUAAGAAGUGAUGUUUUAGUACAAGAACUCGAUUGGUUGAAAAGGGUAAAUAUUGUAAAGGCUAUAGCUAAUGGUUUGGCUUAUAUGCAUCACGAUUGCUCACCUCCUCUAAUUCAUAGAGACAUUUCCAUUGCCAAUAUCCUUCUUGAUUCUGAUUAUCAGGCACAUAUUUCUAAUUUUGGCACUUCCAAGCUUCUAAAGCUAGACUCAUCCAACUGGACUGCUAUUGCAGGAACCUAUGAGCCUGCUUUUACGAUGGUGGCAACCGAGAAAUGUGAUGUGUAUAACUUUGGGAUUGUUGCACUAGAAGCGAUGAUGGGCAAACAUCCAGAUGAACUACCAACAUUGUUUGCUAAUUAUCUAGUGUUAUCAAGUGUUGGAGAUAGUCGUAUUCCACGUCCUUCAGCACAAGUUGAGAAAAAAGUGAAUUUGGUAUUGAAUCUCUCAAGAGCAUGUUUGAACUCGAAUCCACAAGAAAGGCCUGCAAUGCGCCAAGUUUCAAAUCUGUUGAUCAAGGCUUGA